GCAUUAAUCUUUGUGAAAUCUCAUUAAUCAUUCUCAUAAAUUAAUCCAUUUUGAACACAAAUUUCAGACUUCAGCUCUCUCCAUGGAUCUCAUCAUCUCCUCCUCGUCUUAUUGAAUUCAUAAAUCCAAGGUAACGUGUUUGGAAGAUCAAUCAGAGCUCGUUUGCUUGUAUGUUCUUCUUCUUAGAUGCAAAAUCCAAAUUCACGCAGCUGCAUUAUUCCUUUCGUAUCUCCAUUUUUCAUGCUUCUUCGUCGUAGAUCCCCAUUUUUCCCCCAAACCCAAAAUGUGUUUCUUCUGAUCAACACUGCGUGAUUUACUGCCCCUUUCAUUCUUCUCCGCCUUCGUCGCAUUUGGAAGAUAGCUGACGGAGGGUUGUUUAGAGAUGAGAAUUUCAUCGAGGGUUUUCGUGUUUUUGAUUCUCUGCUCCAUUCCCUGGCGGUCUUUCGCGAUCGAGAACUUCCGGCAACCAUUUCCUAUUGUGGAACCUGAUCCUGGCCAUACAAAACUUCGCCUUUCUAGAGAAGGUUUAGAGGCUAUUGAAAGAAUAACUAAUCCAAUUGCAGCUGUUGCGGUCAUUGGGCCAUACCGAUCUGGGAAAUCUUUCUUGCUUAAUCAACUUCUCUCACUUUCUUGCUAUGAAGGUUUUGGUGUAGGACACCAGCGUGACACCAAGACAAAAGGGAUCUGGGUGUGGGGUACUCCUCUGGAGUUGAUGAUUGAUGGAGUCAAAACUUCAGUUUUCUACCUUGAUACAGAGGGAUUUGAAAGUGUUGGAAAGUCAAAUGUAUAUGAUGAUCGAAUCUUUGCUUUGGCAACUGUUCUGAGUUCUGUGCUUAUCUACAACUUGCCUGAGACUAUCCGUGAAGCUGAUAUUUCUCGAUUGUCAUUUGCUGUUGAGCUUGCUGAAGAAUUUUAUGGGAGAGUGAAGGGACAAGAUGUUGCCUUUGAGCCUGCUAAGUUGCUAUGGCUUAUCCAGCGUGAUUUUCUACAAGGAAAAAGUGUUCAAGAAAUGGUGAAUGAAGCUCUAAAACAAGUGCCUAAUAGCGAAGGAAACAAAAACAUUGAUCUGGUAAACCAAAUUCGAGAUUCUUUGGCUAUUAUGGGAGAUAAUAGUACAGCCUUCAGCUUACCACAACCUCAUCUUCAAAGAAUCAAGCUUUGUGAUAUGAAGGAUGGUGAGCUGGAGCCAACAUAUGUUACAAAGAGGGAAGAGUUAAAAAAGCUUGUUACGAGCAUUAUCCGUCCAAAGAUUGUGCAGGGAAAAUCUAUGAAUGGGAAGGAAUUUGUAUCCUUCUUAGAACAGAUUCUUGAAGCAUUGAACAAAGGGGAAAUUCCAUCUACCGGAUCUCUUGUUGAGGUUUUCAACAAGGGUGUUCUUGAGCGAUGUUUGAAAAUAUACAGCGACAGAAUGGCAACGGUGCAUUUACCUAUGACAGAGCAAUCUCUGCAAGGAACCCAUGAAAUCCAUCGAGCUGAGGCAAUGCGAGCUUUUGAUGAACAACAUUUUGGCCGUCACCAUGCAAAGAAGUCAGUCACACAACUUGAUGAAGAAAUCGACAAGGUGCAUAGUAACAUUAUAUUGGCGAAUCGGUAUCAAUCCUCAAAGCUCUGUGAGGAACUGUAUACGAAGUGUGAAGAUCAAAUGGACCACCUUCAAGCUCUAAGGCUUCCGUCAAUGGCAAAAUUCAAUGCAGGUUUUCUGCAAUGCAAUCAAAGUUUUGAGCAAGAGUGUGUUGGACCAUCAAAAGAAAACUAUGAGCAACGUAUGUCAAAGAUGUUAGGGAAGUCACGAUCUCUCUUCAUCAAGGAAUACAAUCACAGGCUUUUCAAUUGGUUGGUGGCGUUUUCUCUUGGCAUGGUGAUUGUGGGAAGGUUUGUUAUAAAGUUCUUCUUAAUUGAAAUUGGGGCAUGGCUGCUCUUCAUCUUUUUGGAGAUAUACACGAGGAUGUUCUGGUCGGCCGAGACGCUUUACUACAGCCCUGUGUGGCAUUUUGUUGUAGUCACCUGGGAAACAAUCGUUUAUAGCCCCAUCCUGGAUUUGGACAGAUGGGCGAUUCCCAUGGGAGUGUUGGCUGCUGUUUUGGUUGUGUAUUGGAGGUGUUGUGGAAGAAGAAAAUAUGGAUCCCAUUGGAUUUUGCCAUUAUACAACAAUCCCAAGAAUGGUUCACAAAGGCCAAGAUCAGACUGAUAACAUUAAUCUUUGCAUCUCUCCAACCAGUUUGCAGUUUCUUUUUUUGAUCUUUCUGGCGAGCUCUUCACCUUUUUGAUACAUGAAGCUCGCCGCUGCUUAUCAGCUUCAAUAUUAGUUAGGAACCAAGUUUAGACAGAUCAUUUAUCAUCAUUCUGUAGCGACAGUAUAACAGAAAUAUAUGGAUCAAGGAAAUAUUGCUGUCCGUCAAAUAUAUUUGUAACAUCUCUAAAA